AUGGCCCUCCAGGCCCUGCCCUCCCCCGACUCCCACUCCCCGUCCCCCGACUUCGCCUCCGACGCCGACGCGCCUUCCGCCGACGCGUCCCCCGUCUCCUCUUCCUCCGCCCUGUACCCGCACCCCGUCUCGGAUGAGGGCCCGUUCGCCGGCCAGCAGCAGCACUCUCCCCGCGGCACCCCCGCCCGCAUGGCCAUGGACCUCUCCCGAUCCUCCUCCGGAAGCAAGGGCGGCUGCUGGACCUGCCGCGUCCGCCGCAAGAAAUGCGACGAGGAGCGCGAGGGCGACUCCUGCAAGACCUGUCUCCGCUUGCGCAUCAAGUGCCUCGGAUGGGGCCACAAGCGCCCCGACUGGAUGCGGGACAAGGACAAGGUCGCCGCGUACAAGGCGAGCAUCAAGGAGCAGCUCUCGCGCAUGGGCCUCAUCCGCGGCCAGCCGCGCCAGCCGUGGCACGCCGGGCUCGCCUCCCAGCCCCCCACCCCAGGCGUCGCGGGCCCGGGGCCGUCCACGCAGCUCCGGCGCAGCGUGAGCGCACGAGAGCCGCCGUACCGCCGGAGCGCAGCCCACGGCGCCCCGCGCACGCCCUACCACCAGCUGGGCAUGCCCGGGCCCCUCCCAGAUGGCGAGUGGCCUCGUCGCAACCUCGCGCCUUCCUCCUCCGGCCGUCACCAUACCGUCGCUCCCAUGGCUGCUGCGGGCAUGAUCCCUACCGGUUCCACUGUAUCUCUCCCAGAUACCAUCUAUGGAUUCCCCUCACCACCGCUAUCAAUGUCUGGACAUGAAGACUUACCUUACACAAACUACGGCACUCCCCAUACGAUUGCGAUGCCCAUGACCCCCGCCGUACAGCCCCAACCCACACCGCCACCCAUGCAAUCACCUCCAACACCCGCCGCGAUCCGCCUCGAGGAGUAUAUCGACUACUACUUCAAGUACGUCCGGGAGCUCCAAUACGUCUUCGCCGGCGAUUCGUUGACCCAGAUCCUGCUGCCGAUCGUGCGCAACGAGCCGGAAGGCGCUGUCGCCCACUCGCUCUGCGCGCUCGCCGCGCUCCACCACGCCCGGCUGCGGAUAGCGCGCGGGGACGCGGUCGAGGACCCGGACAAGGAGACGUCCCUGCCCCGCAAGUUCCACGACCGCGCGCUCGCGCUCCUCCGGCACGCGCCCGAGACGAACGGCCACGGGCAGUACGCGGACACGGACGCGGUCGCCGCCCUCCAGCUCGUCGCGUACUCGCUCCUCGGCGGCGGCUCGAUGCCCUGGCUCGCGCUCUUCGACGUCGCCGCGGACUGGUUCGCGCAGACGGGCAUCUACUCGGAGGAGAACCCGAAGCUGACGCUCCUGCGGAUGAGCCCCGCGGGGCGCUUCGCCGCCAAGGCGACGAUGUACCUCGACAUCUUCUCGAGCAUCACGCUCAUGCGCCCCCCGCGCUUCCUCUCGCUCUACCGGCGGCUCUUCGGCAUGGGCGCCGGCUACUGGGGCGCGGCGGGCGCGGACGUCAGCUCGCGCCUCGCGGAGCUCUCGAUGGACAAGCUGACGGGGUGCCCGGACGAGGCGCUGCUCGCGAUCGCCGAGGUCUCCGCGCUCGCGCACUGGAAGACGGCGGAGCUCGCGCACGGGACGCUCAGCCACCGCGAGCUCGUCCACCGCGGGGACGCGAUCGAGAAGGAGCUCCGGGACCGCGCCGCGGGCCGGGGCGCGUCCGAGGGCGGCGCCGACGACCUCGUGUCGAUGCAGAUGCGCCGGGACGGCUCCCGGCAGAUCGUGGGGGAGAUGUUCCGGGAGGCGGCGGUGAUGUACCUGCACACGGUGAUCAGCGACUCGGCGCCAGGCGUGCCCGAGAUCCACAACAGCAUCGAGCAGAUGGCGAAGCUGCUGAACGACCUCCCGCCGUCGCCGUACGACCGCACGCUCGUGUUCCCGCUGCUGCUGACCGGGUGCUUGACGGACAACCAGAUGAUGCGCGAGGUGAUCAAGCACCGGUUCUUCAUGCAGGACGCCACGAUGGGCAACAUCCUGCUCUCGCAGACGGUAAUGGAGAGCGUGUGGGCGCACCGCGCGGCCGCGGUCGCCGCCGCGCACCAGGCGCAGCAGACGCAGCCCGGCGAGCAGCCCCCGGCGCUGCUCGUCGGCGACUGGCGGACGCACCUGCGGAUGCAGUGGGCGAGUCUGCUGCCAGUAUAG